GAGGAAGUCGGGGGAGGCGCGGGAGCCUGGGGCCUGCGGGGCCGGGCGGACGCCAUGGGCCGGCUGCACUGCACACAGGACCCCGUGCCCGAGGCCGUGGGCGGCGACAUGCAGCAGCUGAACCAGCUGGGCGCCCAGCAAUUCUCAGCCCUGACUGAAGUGCUCUUCCACUUCCUAACUGAGCCAAAAGAGGUGGAAAGAUUUCUGGCUCAGCUGUCUGAAUUUGCCACCACCAACCAGAUCAGUCUUGGCCCCCUGAGAAGCAUCGUGAAGAGCCUCCUCCUGGUUCCAAAUGGUGCCUUGAAGAAGGGUCUCACAGCCGAGCAGGUCCGGGCCGACUUCAUGACUCUGGGUCUCAGUGAGGAGAAAGCCAUCUACUUCUCUGAAAAGUGGAAGCAGAAUGCCCCCACCCUCGCUCGAUGGGCCAUAGGUCAGACUCUGAUGAUUAACCAGCUUGUAGAUAUGGAAUGGAAAUUUGGAGUGACGUCUGGGAGCAGCGAACUGGAAAAAGUAGGAAGUAUUUUUUUACAAUUAAAGUUGGUGAUUAAGAAAGGAAGUCAAACUGAAAAUGUAUACAUAGAACUAACCUUGCCCCAGUUCUACAGCUUCCUGCACGAGAUGGAGCGAGUCAGAACCAGCAUGGAGUGUUUCAGCUGAUUUCUGUCCCCGCUUUGCAUCUCCACCUCGCCCCCUCCCUGCCCCCUCCCUGCCCCCUCCUCCUCUUUCCCGGUGACCCGCUCUGAGAGGCUGCUUGGCCCCCAGGCCUGUGGCCUCUCCUCUGGGCCUGCCUGCCUCUUGGGAGCCCAGGUGCAAAGGUUUCUGAAAAACAAAGGAUUAAGUACUUAAGGAGCCGGACAGGAUGACCCUGAAGAGUCUUCGUGAGGCACCCUCCACUGCCUAUCUCCCAGGUCACUGUUUAGAUAGUCAGAAAGGUGAUUGCAUCUCAGAUGCAGGGGAGGAAGUAAGCCAAGUCAUCUCCCCUUCAAAGCUCCAGAGUACACAAAUAGUCUGUUGCUCAAGAUACCAACACUGAUGACCUUCCCCACAAGACAGCAAGGUCUUGUUUAUGACUAAGGAAGAGGUGGAUUUCAUGAAUGACCCAAAGGGAGGUCCCAGCAGAGUUCCUACAGGAGUUUGUGGUGGUGGGGCCUUGCUGAUCCGUCUUUAGUGGACACCUGUGUAAGAGUAUGGGCUGGGUCUGCUCUGAAAAAAAACAGGCUUCACUUCAGGUUUUGCCCCAUUGUGUGUAAUGAGGCGGGCCUUUUGAGGUUAUUUCAGCUUGUUUUGGUUCAAGCUGACCUUCUGUGGUGGUUAGAUGAAGAAUAAAAAAGGUUCUGAAGAACAGGUCUGC